GCUCAGCGGGGGAGGGGCCCGGCAUGGGCAAAAUACCAACGGAGGACCCGGGGGAGGCCGCCGCCGCGGCGGCGGCGGCGGCGACUGCCGGCGCCUUGGCCAAAGUGGCACAAGCGCAGGCUGAGAAGCAGGCGGAGGUGACCAUCUCGGUGUCUGAGCCGAAGGAGGUGCCUGAGGGAGCAAGUGGGUCGGCCGCGCGGUUCUUCGUGCGGGGCCUGGGCAACCUUGGGGAGCACCACCUCAAGGACUACUUUGAGAAGUUCGGCCAUGUGGUGGAGGCCAGCCUGGUGCGGGACAAGAAGACCCAGCGCCCCCGGGGCAUGGCCUUCGUGAGCCUCGCGCCGCGGGAGGCCGAGGAUGGUCCAGCACCCAGCAUGGACGACCUCAUUGCGAAAGUAGCAGGUGCUGAAAGCCACAGCAUCAAGGGCGUGGAGGUCGAAGUCCAGGAGGCCAUCCCCAAGCCUGAGGAGAAAGAAGCAGAAAGGCCGCGAGGCCCAGCGGUGCCUACGCCCCCUCCGGUGCCUACUCCGCAGGCGCAGGUUUUGCCGGCCGUGGACCCUCAGGAGCAGGCCAAGGCGCAGGCGCAAUGGCAGAUGCACUACCUAGCGAUGGCCAUCAACCUCUCAGUGCCGGAUGUGCCAGGUGGCAAGGGUGGUGCGCCGGGAGGGAAAGGCCGGCCCGGGCCGUACUGAUCUGAUCUUGAGGCGUUGCUAGCCGUGUCACCUCAGUCGAAUCUGCAACUCAACCUCCCUGCGCAGC